GUGGCUCCCCCGCGCGCCCCCCGCCCUCCAGCCGAGCCAGCUGAUGCUGCCAGCCAGCGAGAGCGCACGAGCCGGGGGGAGCCGGUGACGGCCGUAGCAGCCGCCGCCGCCGCCGCCGCCAGCAUGGGCACGGGGUGACGGCUCGGGGAGGCUUGGCUUUCCGCAGCAGCCCCGUUGGGGCGAGUGGCUCAAAGAUCUGCUCGGCGUCAGCGGAGAGGAGGCGGCGGCGGCUCGCGGCCGCGCCAAGCCGGAGAGCUCCCGCAGCAGAGCAGACAGGCAGCCCGGAGGGAGGCGGAGCAGGAGGGGAGAGCGGCGGCGCUGCUGCUGCUGCUGCUGCUGCGCCGGCGGGGGGACGGGAAGCAGCUCGCCAUGGCGCACGGCUAACCACAUCCGCGCCGGAUCGGCUCGACAGAGCGCGGCAGCGGCGCUUGCUUGGGGCCGCCUCCCUCCUGCCCGCCCGGCCGGCCCCUCCAUUUUGAAGGCGGCUCGGCUCGCCCGUCGGAAGGAGAGAAGACGCGCGCCGCCCGCCGCCCGCCGCCGCCCCGAUGGCGUUCAGCGCCUCCUGGCAGCUCCUCUCGCCCGUGCAGUGGGCCAAGUGGACGUGGUCCGCCGUGCGAGGGGGCAGCGCCGGGCCCGAGCUGCAGGAUGGCAUCGCCGGCGCAGACGGGGAGGCGCGAGCGGCGCCGGAGCAGCCGCUGGAGGACGAGGAGGAGGACGCGCAGGCGGAGACGAAAUCGCUCAGCCUCAGUUCGGAUUCAGAAGGCAAUUUUGAGACCCCUGAAGCAGAGACCCCGAUCCGCACACCAGGGAAGGAGCUGGAGGACCCGUCCCUGCAACUCCCGGAGGCUGAGACCGAGUCCCAAGCAUCACAUGACAAUGAAGUGCAAUUGGUAGCCAAGGCUUCGGAGGGCAGUUUGCGCCAGAAAGGCUCGGUUUCAGCCGAGGAUGCAGUCCCACCAGCCGAGGAGCCGUUCCGCUUGGGAAGAGACCUUGGGCUUGGCAAAGGUUCGUCCAUGACUCCCUCUGCUCCAGGAACAGAGCUUGCGGGAGAGCCCACAGCUGUCGCGGAGGAGAGUGCCUCUCUGGAGAGGUUGGAUCCAGCUCCAAGCCCUGCAAGUGUUGCGCCCACUGUUACUCCAAAGGAGCACCAGGAGAGCCGGGAGGCCUGCGCCAAAGGGCUGGCAGAAGCCAAGCUGAACGGCGAGGCAUUUGUGGCCAACAAGAGCAAGCUCCCCAGAGCGAAGCCCCCGGCCUUCCAGAGGAAGAUGGGAGGGGAGAACCCCGAAACGGAAACGGCCGCAGAGAGCAUCCCCGCUCCCAAGGCAUCGUAUCGCUUUGACCCCGAGGAGUACAACGAAAAUAUGAACCCCUUUGGGAUGGGAGGGUCCAAGCUCCAGAACUCGCCCCCUGCCACCCAGCAAGGCUUCACUCUCCCGAACACCGAGACGAAGGAGUCCGAGACAAAGGAGUCCGACACGGGGGUGGCUUGCGGGCCCACGGGUGGGUCUGUGAAGCUUGAAUUUAGUUUUGCGGACGGAGGGGAGAGCGCGGAGACCAAGAAAGUCCCGUCGAGGAAGACGGGUAGAAAACCAGCCAGCAAGAUGUCUCCUAGGAGGCAAAAAAGCGGUGGCAGCCGGCCUGCUGUGGGCGCUGAGGACACAGAGAAGAUGCCCAGCACGGACCCGUCUGAGGUGCCCCUCCACAAAGCCUCUCAGCAAGUGGACGGCCCAACCUUCAACCCUUCUUCAGGGAGCUCCACCUUGCAGAGUUCCCCGACGCUUCCCAGGGGGUCCUACAACUUUGACACGGCGGACCCUUUCAAACCCACCAAGACCUUGAGCGGCAUGGGAGAUGACGCUUGCCCUGCUGCCGCAGAGAACAAUCUCAACGAGAUCUUGGAGUCACAGACGCUGGAAGUCCAGGGCGAUGAACUGAAGGCAGGCUUUGCCUCUCCAAAGAAGGCCAAGUCGCAGUUGAUAACGACUACUGAACAAGUGAAAUUUCUCUGUUUUCUGUUGAGCAGCUGCAAGGUGAAGAACUACGAUACGCAGCCUCUGGCCCUGGAUGUUUGCGCUCAGGAUAAAGAAGAAGUGGCUUUCCUUUCCAAAAUCCCAGACCUUUCCAGUCGGGAUGGGCAUGCCACUGACGAAGAGAAACUGGCUUCUACAUCCUCCAGUCAGAAGCCGGCUGAGUUGGAGGCGAAAGGUGAGCCCGAGGAAGACCUGGAGUACUUUGAAUGUUCCAAUGUUCCUGUGUCUGCCAUAAAUCAUACGUUUUCAUCCCCAGGAGAAGGUCUCGAUAAGGAGCCGUUGUGUAACCAGGCAGAGAGGAGUGAAUCCAUCAACGUCUUGGGCAGUUCUGAGCUGUGCUCCUCCGAGAAGGCUCCUGGCGCGGAAAGCCCCCUGGAUGCCAUUUGCCUCAGUGAAUCCGAUAAGAUGGCCGUUUUGACUUUGAUCAGGGAGGAGAUAAUCUCUAAAGAAAUUGAAGCCAAUGAAUGGAAGCGGAAAUACGAAGGGAGCCGGCAGGAGGUUUUGGAAAUGAGGAAGAUUGUGGCUGAAUAUGAGAAGACGAUUGCCCAAAUGAUAGAGGACGAACAGAGGACAACCAUGACAUCCCAGAAGAGUCUCCAGCAGCUCACGAUGGAGAAGGAACAGGCGUUGUCGGACCUGAACUCGGUGGAGAGGUCCCUGUCUGACCUAUUCAGGAGAUACGAGAACCUGAAGGGGGUCCUUGAAGGCUUUAAGAAGAAUGAAGAUGCAUUGAAAAAGUGUGCACAGGAUUACCUCACUCGGGUCAAGCAAGAGGAGCAGAGAUAUCAGGCCUUGAAAAUCCACGCAGAAGAGAAGUUGGACAAAGCCAAUGAAGAAAUUGCCCAGGUGCGUGCCAAGGCCAAAGCUGAGAGCGCAGCCCUCCAUGCCGGGCUCCGAAAAGAACAAAUGAAAGUGGACUCUCUAGAGCAAGCCCUCCAACAGAAGAACCAGGAAAUUGAAGAGCUGACGAAGAUUUGCGAUGAGCUGAUUGCCAAGUUGGGAAAGAUUGGCUGACCAAAGCUCCGUUGUCCAGAGCGCCAAGCUCAGCUGCUUCCUAUUGUCUAUUAAUGUCUUCAAGUGAG